AUGGGUUCUUGGAAAACUCUUCUCUUCUACCCUUUUCUUCUGUGGAGUCAAAGGAAAGGGUUGAGGUUGAUGUUCCUGUUACUGACCCUGCAUCUGGGAAACUGUGUUGAUAAAGCAGAUGAUGAAGAUGAUGAGGAUUUAACAGUGAACAAAACUUGGGUCUUGGCACCAAAGAUUCAUGAAGGAGAUAUAACACAAAUUCUCAACUCCUUGCUUCAAGGCUAUGACAAUAAACUUCGCCCAGAUAUAGGAGUGAGGCCCACAGUAAUUGAAACUGAUGUUUACGUAAACAGCAUUGGACCAGUUGAUCCCAUAAAUAUGGAAUACACAAUAGAUAUAAUUUUUGCCCAAACCUGGUUUGAUAGUCGUCUAAAAUUCAACAGUACCAUGAAAGUGCUUAUGCUUAACAGUAAUAUGGUUGGAAAAAUUUGGAUUCCUGACACUUUCUUCAGAAAUUCAAGAAAAUCUGAUGCUCAUUGGAUAACAACUCCUAAUCGUCUUCUUCGAAUUUGGAAUGAUGGACGAGUUCUAUAUACUCUAAGAUUGACAAUUAAUGCAGAAUGUUACCUUCAGCUUCAUAACUUUCCUAUGGAUGAACAUUCAUGUCCAUUGGAAUUUUCAAGUUAUGGAUACCCUAAAAAUGAAAUUGAGUAUAAGUGGAAAAAGCCUUCUGUAGAAGUGGCUGAUCCUAAGUACUGGAGAUUAUAUCAAUUUGCAUUUGUAGGGUUACGGAACACAACUGAAAUCUCUCACACAAUCUCUGGGGACUAUAUUAUCAUGACAAUUUUUUUUGACCUGAGCAGACGAAUGGGAUAUUUUACUAUUCAGACCUACAUUCCAUGUAUUCUGACAGUUGUUCUUUCCUGGGUGUCUUUUUGGAUCAAUAAAGAUGCAGUACCUGCAAGAACAUCACUGGGUAUCACUACAGUUCUGACUAUGACAACUCUGAGUACAAUUGCCAGGAAGUCCUUACCUAAGGUUUCUUAUGUGACUGCGAUGGAUCUCUUUGUUUCUGUUUGUUUCAUUUUUGUUUUUGCAGCUUUGAUGGAGUAUGGUACCUUGCAUUAUUUUACCAGCAACAAAAAAGUUAAGACUACUAGAGAAAGAAAGCUAAAAAAUAAGGCCUCGAUGUCCUCUGGACUCCAUCCAGGAUCUACUCUCAUUCCAAUGAAUAGCCUUUCUCUGCCGCAAGGAGAAGAUGAUUAUGGGUACCAGUGCUUGGAGGGAAAAGAUUGUGCCAGCUUCUUCUGUUGCUUUGAAGACUGCAGAACAGGAUCAUGGAGGGAAGGGAGGAUACAUAUACGCAUUGCCAAAAUUGAUUCCUAUUCUCGAAUAUUUUUCCCAACAGCUUUUGCCUUGUUCAAUCUGGUUUACUGGGUUGGCUAUCUUUACUUAUAA